CUCGCCCAAAAUGGCCGCAUCCAUGUGGGGAAGGACAGUUGUCAACACUGUGAAAUUGGUAUACCCUGUGCUUCGUAGAAGAAAUUGUCACAAGUUGUUAGUGGGUGUUCCGAAAUAUGUCGGCUGUCCUUUACCUUUAAAUAAUUAUGUGGGUGGUCGCACCAUUUAUUUAACGAGUGUUCACUACUGCACUGUUAGUGACGAAACCGUCAAGAAAAUGAUGGACACACUUACUGACAAGUUUACAGAGGCCCGGGAGCUCAUGCAAGAUGCGCGAGAAAGCCAAGGCAGUGUCUACUUCUCAGAUGACAUGUCUGAAGCACAGGAAGCUGUACAAGACACGUUAGACGAGUACAAGUCACUUCUGAGUAAACUGAAUGAAACACAAAAACAAAAUGUGGUUAGGACUAUUGGACUCCGAAUGGAAGAGCUCAAAGCCCAACAGACAGCAUUGGAAGAAAGUCUAAAGGACUAACUGUGGCAGGCUAGAGGAGAGUCUAAAGCACUGACUUUGUCAGGCUAGAGGAGAGUCUAAAGGACUGACUGCGGCAGACUAGAGGAAAGUCUAAAGGACUGACUGUGGCAGACUAGAGGAAAGUCUAAAGGACUGACUGUGGCAGGCUAGAGGAGAGGCUAAAGGACUGACUGGGGGCAGGCUAGAGGAGAGUCUAAAGGACUUACUGCGGCAGGCUAGAGGAGAGUCUAAAGGACUUACUGCGGCAGGCUAGAGGAGAGUCUAAAGGACUGACUGUGGCAGGCUAGAGGAGAGUCUAAAGGACUGACUGUGGCAGACUAGAGGAAAGUCUAAAGGACUGACUGUGGCAGGCUAGAGGAGAGUCUAAAGGAAUGACUGUGGCAGACUAGAGGAAAGUCUAAAGGACUGACUGUGGCAGACUAGAGGAAAGGCUAAAGG